GGCUCUGCUUGGCUUGUAUCUGAGUUUUACUGGAGCAGAACCACCAUUCAUGUCAACAAGACAUGCGGUGCGCCUUGCAGGAUUUCGUUAUAUAGGCAUCAUACCUAGUGAAGAACUUCCCACCGAGUUACCUCUUCCAGGUCUCACUCGCCGUCUCCUCGUCACUUGGUCGGCUGUUAGUAGCUAUGGUCUUGUCAUCUUGGCAGCUCGUGUGUCUUCUUCUCCCCUUUGCGUCUUUGGCACUUGGUCGACGCGCGAAUAUUCCUCCACGACCUUCGGUUCCACCAGUACCUGCUCCUGAAGAAGGGCCUGUUACAAGUAGGAAUGGCACAGAGAUUCCUCCGUAUAACACUACUUACUACUUUGAUCAACUGAUCGACCACAAUAAUCCAAGUCUGGGGACAUUCAAGCAAAGAUUCUGGCAUACUUGGGAGUUCUACGAGCCGGGCGGUCCCAUCAUCUUGAUGACACCGGGUGAAGCAAAUGCCCAACCUUACAGCGGUUACCUAACGAACCGAACAAUCAAUGGCCAGCUCGCUCAACAAGAAAGUGGCGCCGCCAUCGUCGUCGAGCAUCGUUUCUUCGGUCUCUCGAACCCGAAGCCCGACCUUACAGACGAUAGUCUCAAGUUACUCACCAUUCAACAAGCCAUUGAUGACCUCGAGUAUUUUGCCAACAAUGUUAAACUGCCUAUGCCCGGUGGUGAUCAGGUCCCACCUUCCAAGGCUCAAUGGGUCUUAAUGGGAGGAAGUUAUUCUGGUGCACUUACUAGUUGGACGAUGGUCAACAAACCUGGUUUAUUCCAUGCUGGUUAUGCUUCAUCUGCCGUGGUCGAAGCCAUUAUUAACUAUUGGGGAUACUUCGAGCCUAUUCGACAGUUCAUGCCAAAGAACUGCUCGGCUGACGUCCAAGCAGUCAUCGCUCAUAUCGACCAAGUGUUCACUUUUGGGAGCAAGAAAGCUAUCAAUGACUUGAAAGCAUCAUUCGGUAUGGAAUCACUGACGCAUCUUGACGACGUUGCUGGUGCCCUGCGGAACAACUUGUGGGAUUGGCAGAGCUUGUCACCUAGUGUCGGACCCAAUGCUACGUUCUUCCAAUUCUGCGAUGCAUUGGAAGUUAAGGAUGGCGUCAGCGCACCUGCCGGCGGCUGGGGUUUGCAACAUGCGCUCAAAGCAUGGGGCUCAUUCUGGACGAAGGGCUACCUAUCCGAUCUUUGUCUAGUUUGCGAGGACAAUAGUGUUAUUGAUUGUCUCGGCUCUUACGACGCAAACUCGGAUUUCUAUACCAAUACCACAGUUAAUAAUGCCAACCGAUCCUGGUUCUGGAUGGUGUGCAACGAAGUCGGAUACUUCCAAGAAGGUGCUCCUUUAGGUCACCCUACGCUCGUUACCCGUCUCGUGCAGCCCCCUUACGACGAGCGUCAAUGUUCCCUUAUGUUCCCCAAAGCCUUCCCCAGGCCUCCUGUCCCGAAAGCCGCCCAAGUAAACAAGAAGUACAAGGGUUGGAACGUCAAGGUUGACAGACUUUUUUUCGCAAACGGCCACCGUGAUCCGUGGAGAGAAGCAACAGUAUCUGCUGACGGCGUUAACGUCAAGAGCACUCCUUCGCAGCCUGUCGCCAUCAGUGACGGUUUCCAUUGCUCCGAUCUCAGCACGGCCAAUGGCAACGUCGAUGACACUGUAAAACAGGUACAGCAGCAGGCAUUGACCACGAUUAAGACGUGGCUGGCUGGUGGUCGGCCAGCAGCCAAGCAGUCCAUACUCGACACUGCCUUGGACACACUGAAGGAUGUCAAGUUGUCGAGAACUUCUGGUGCUUUAGGUGCAUAGGGCGGCCUAAAACCUGUUGUUGUUUGCUUUGUUUCGGCCGAAUAUAUUCGUUCAAAGCACGUCGCAACGCCUUACACGCUAUGUCACUCCAAGUAUUCUCUCAUGAUAUCGAAAUGUCCCAAUUGAACGUGCCUUUAUGAUCAAAUUAACUGAAGUGAAUGUAUGAUGUCUCUGAAGUCCUAGGCUGCUUAGGAUCCGGUGGCAAUGUCUUGCAAAAGAAACAAUACAGAGUCUGCAAACGG